AUGGCCUUUGCAAUCCGAGUCGUAAUAGCUGGGAAGGGUGCUCGCAAUUCCGUAAAAUACACUGAGGAGAUAGCAGGAGCGGCGACGGAUAGGUCCAGACCAGCCAAACGUGCGCGAAAGGAAAAGACGCGGACAUCAGCCAAAGUAGCAUUCAAGGAUUCGGGAGAAAGUCUGCUCGAGGAUGUUGAAAAUGAGGUACCGAAAUCGAAGCGGGUGAGUCAAAAACCUAUGGCUGGCAAGCCCGUUUCUACCGAUUUUGCUCCGAAGACUGUAAUCGCGUGGAAGAUCGGCCCACAUGUCUCAGAUGCAGGCGAAGUUGAGAAUACCAUCGUGAAUGCCGCGGCAGUUGGUGUUCGACAAGUCACAGCGAAGUUGGGCUUCAUCGCCCCUGACCAGCGAGUCUAUCGCCUCGCCAAGUCACUCAUGAAAGCGUUUGGAUAUAGCGCAUGUCAUAUACUGCCACAUCAAAACUACUUCAUAAACCUUGGCAACCCCGACAAAAAGAAGCGAGAGAAGUCAUAA